AUGUUCAAAAAUUUAGCUUAUGAAGAUUGUCUAAAGCAAAAGACCGCAUUUUUGUCAAUUGAAGAGUUUGGACAUGAUUUUGAACAAGUAGAAGUACUUCAAAGGAAAUUUGAGGAGUUGCAGAAAGAAAUUGCUACUCAAGAAUAUCGUGUAACUGAAGUGAAUGAAUUAGCUGAUAAGCUUCUUCAAGAUGGUCAACCAGAAAAGGAUCAAAUUACCACCAGAAAAGAUGAACUCAACACUGCCUGGUAG